CAUCGCCGCCUGCUUCUUUCCGCUCGCUCGCUCGUCCAUCGUCGCCCGCGUCCGGCCCUGCUCGCUCGCCAUUUCCCUCAUGGCGGACUGCUUCCCGCCCGAGUCGGACGACCUCCACCGCCGCUGGCUGCCGCGGGAGAUCUUCGCUGACAUUGGCAUCGUCGACCCCGAGGCUGCCGCUGCCGCCGCCGUCGUCACCGUCACCGAGCCCACGCCCGAGGCCGCCGCCGCCGCCGCCGUGGAGGAGCUCGCGGCGCAACUCGCCGGCAUACUCGGCGGCGGCUCCAAGGUGUGGCCGCUCGCCACGCCGCCGGCGCCCCCGUCCCCACCUGCUGUCGCCGCCACCGCCGCCACCCCCGGCGCGAAGGUCUGCGGGCUGGAGGGGAGCGUCGUCGUGUCGACCAAUGUCGGCGGCGGCGCUGGCGGCGCUGGCGCCGUCUCUUGGCCGUUCGUGCCGUACCCGCAGCUCCACUGGCAGGUCGGGAGCAGCCUGGUGAACCACGGCGGCGUGCUGGACUACCCGGUGCUGCCCCCCGCUCUGCCCUGCCACGUCCCACCGCCGGCGAACCUGCGCGGCGGCACCGGCGUGUUCCUCCCGCGCGUCGAGGCGUACCGCUAUACGCCGGCCACUCCUCCGGCCACGGCUAAAGGUGGGGCUUGGGCUGGUGCAGCGGCAAAGCCGUGGGCUGGGACUGGGACUGGCAGCAGGCCGGCAACGGGGAAGAAGCAGCAGCAGCAGCCGCAGACCGAGCAUGCGACGCCGACAAAGCAGCACCAGAAGCAGGCCACCGGUGCUGCGCAGGCGCUGGCGCUGCCCCAGGACUGGAGCUACCGCUGAGGAUGUGUUCCAGGCGCUCGCGUCGCGUCGCGUGCAUGGCCGAUGGACAUGGAUGGAUGGACGCGAGGCUGCCAAGAUGAUGCCGAACAAGCAAGCAUGCAUUCGUAUUCGUCGUCGCAGUAGUAGUAGUGGCUGAAAGAAUAAUAACAACAACAAUAUAAGAAAUUAAGAAUAAGAUGAUGGAUGAUGGAUCAUGGAGGGGUGGGAUGGAUAAUGUAGUUGUAGCUGCAAGAUGAACAAGACAAGGUUAGCAGGAGUCUUAUUGUACUACUAGUGGUCCUCUUCCUGUACUACUAUGUCGCAAUAGCAAGCUACUCCUAUAGUGAUCCGGGCCGCCUGUUUGUUGCUGAGUGAUGUACCAGUAUUGCUAGAGCAAUAAAUAAAAUUAUCUGUUUAAUAGUACUA